CUUGUAUUACUGAUGGAAAACAUCAUCCCCCCUGCCCUCGAUAGUCGACGAGUCGUCUUUAAACUCGUUGACCAGCUUUCGAGUUCCUCUAAAGACCAGUUUCUACACGGUAUAAAUGACAUCUUGAAAUUCGAUCAGUCGGAUGACUCCGUGAUACUGCGCUACGGCCGAAAGAUUAUCGCACUCGCUGAGGUGGCGCGCGGCACUCUUAGACGUUUAGGCGCAGAACCAUACCUGUUCGUCGUCUGUUCACAGGCUCUCGUGCCCUACAAAUCCGCAUACUUCAAAUUAUUGCUAUUUAUCCAACGCCGCAAGGGUGCAUUUACUCAUGACGACAGGAUCACCCGGCUCUUAAGUUCUCUUCGUACAACUAUGGUGGUAUGUGGCGGGGAAGUCGAUCCCCGUGCCCAGCUGGGCCUUCGGGGAUUACCACCCCCUCCUAAGAUCCCAGCUGCUUGGACAACCGACAGCAAGCCUGAAGCGCUUGUUGUUCUCUCAGCAGCACAACAAACCAAUGAGACAUCUAUUUAUGACAUUAUGCCACCACCGGACGCUUUCGCGAGAAAAAAGCAGAAACUCGAACGGCUGGGGGGAUUCAUCAAGGAGCAAGCUGCGUUGAAGAAGGCCCAAAGCCUGAGACGUCGUUUGCUUAAGCAACGUGCGGGAAACCCGGGCGCACAACUGACUCAAAUGCCUAAACAAUAUCCUGCGGGCAACCCGGCUGAACAACAGGCUCGGAUGCCCAAACAAUAUCCUGCGGGUAACCCGGCUGAACAACAGGCUCGGAUGCCCAAGCAAUAUCCUGCGGGAAAACCGAGCGAUAACAGGGAGCCUUCUCGCCCUCCAAGGGUGUUGGUUCGAACAAAGACCCUGCCAUUGCCAGCUGAACAACAGGCUCGCAUGCCCAAGCAAUACCCUGCGGGUAAGCCGGGCGACAACAGGGAGCCUUCUCGCCCUCAAAGGGUGUUGGUUCGAACAAAGACCCUGCCAUUGUCAGCUGAACAACAGGCUCGCAUGCCCAAGCAAUACCCUGCGGGCAAACCGGGCGACAACAGGGAGCCUUCUCGCCCUCCAAGGGUGUUGGUUCGAACAAAGACCCUGCCAUUGCCAGCUGAACAACAGGCUCGCAUGCCCAAGCAAUACCCUGCGGGUAAGCCGGGCGACAACAGGGAGCCUUCUCGCCCUCAAAGGGUGUUGGUUCGAACAAAGACCCUGCCAUUGUCAGCUGAACAACAGGCUCGCAUGCCCAAGCAAUAUCCUGCGGGUAAACCGGCUGAACAACAGGCUCGCAUGCCCAAGCAAUAUCCUGCGGGCAAACCGGGCGACAACAGGGAGCCUUCUCGCCCUCAAAGGGCGUUGGUUCGAACAAAGACCCUGACAUUGUUUUGA